AUGCAUCUUCCAAACCAUUUCAAACGUAAAGAGCGACGAACAACCAAAGCAGCAGCAUUGAUAGCCCGUGAAUUGAAUACAUUAUACGAUGGAAUUAUUGUUAUAAUUGUUAUGGUUGUUCUCUCGAGCUUAUCGAUAGCAGCAUUAAUGAUUGGUCUGCUAAAGCGAAAUGAAUGUCCUAUUCAACCGUGGGUACCGAGAUGGCUAAUUAUCUUCGGAUCGGUUGGACUUGGCGGAUGUACACUAUUUAUUAUCAUGGGAAGUGUAUGGGUAUUUGCAAUACGAAGUCGAGUGCAGUUCGAGCAUCCACUUGAAGCAAACUACUGUCAAAAACUGCCGGAUGUUGUUUUGCAAUAUUUAAAAUAUGUGCCUCCUCAGAAUAAAUUAGAUUUUACAUAUUUUCUUUCGCAAUUAUUUCCUCAGAGUUCGAUAUUUUAG